GUUCAACGACCAUCACCAAAGCUAUCGUCCAUCGUCUAUCAAAUGGUCAAAUCCAACAAGUAAAUCUGGUAUAUACCUAUGUCUUCUCCUCGGUAUAUCAAGAGGUAGACUUUAUUUGGCCCGAGGAGAUUUAUAGUGGCAACUGCAUGUCAGGAUGCAGCGGCAAGCAGAUCAAAUCCAAGAAUCAAUACAAGAGGGAGAAAGCUAAGCUCAAAAAAGCUGCUGGAUCCAAGGACAAUGGAGCGGUUGUGAGAAUCCACAUGCUCUUGUGGCCAUAUCAUGCUUACGGUUUUCUUCAGGAUACAAACGGGAUGAAGAAAGAGGAUUCAGAAGAUGAGAAGAUGGAUUCAGCUGAGGAUGUCGAGUAUGUCAUGGAAUCAUUUGACAUGAAAGACUCGAUGGAAAACUUCUCAAAUGUAUUUGCGCGUUUUAAACCAUUAGCUGAAGAGACUACGGGAGAAGUCAUCUAUUCCGAUGAUGACAUGCCUUCCGAAGGCGAAGACAGUGACGGAGAGAAGAAACCUCUUUCGAAGAAGAAGCAACGAAAAGCUAAUAGGCUCACCGUCGCCGAGUUGAAGCAACUGGUCACUCGUCCAGAAGUUGUCGACUGGUGGGAUCCCUCCGCUGCAGAUCCAAGAUUGUUGAUAGCACUUAAAUCUUAUCGUAAUACCGUUCCUAUACCACAACACUGGAACCAAAAACGCGACUAUCUUCAAGGGAAACGAGGAAUUGAAAAGCCUCCAUUCCAACUACCUGCCUAUAUUGCCGACACUGGAAUUGCCACAAUACGAGAAGCUGUAAAAGAGAAGGAAGCGAGUAUGACUCUCAAAGCUAAAACAAGAGAACGGGUGCAACCAAAGAUGGGUAAAGUAGAUAUUGAUUAUCAAAGGCUGCACGACGCAUUCUUCAAGCAUAUGACAAAGCCACCCACUACUGGUUUCGGUGAGAUGUAUUAUGAAGGCAAAGAAUUCGAGACGUCUCUCAAGGAGAAGCGCCCCGGAGAUCUAUCACCUGAACUUAUCGAAGCAUUGUCUAUACCCCCAUUAGCACCACCUCCAUGGUUGAUUAGCAUGCAGCGGUUUGGUCCACCACCUAGCUACCCUACAUUGCGGAUACCAGGGUUGAACGCGCCGAUACCUUCGGG